GGAGUCGCGUCCUGGAGUCCAGGACUCCAGUCGGCACGCCGUCGCUAACAUGAACAUACCCCAACCUGCAAGUCGCCACGCGGAUCGAUUAAUGUCAUAUCCGGGUGAACUCGACCGAUGCUUAUUCCUCGCUCCCUAGACCAAGAUGGAUCCGGGGGCCAUAAGUACCCUUGCCUGGCCAUGUCGCCACUCGACAGCCUUCAUUUGUGCCCCCAACUGUCGCAACCAUCAAUCUACGACACACGGACAUGUCUCCUGCCGCGCUCCUCUCCAGUCCUGGCCCCGAGCCUGAGGCCCGGGACUUUAGUCUCACCGCUCCCAAUUCGCCUAGCCUCAAGAACGACAAGAACGACCAGAACAACUACGACGUGAUCAUAGUCGGCGGCGGCUUCGCGGGGGUUGGUGCUGCCAUCGGAGCCCGACAGGCUCUUCCCACUGGUCGCAUUCUCGUCCUCGAGAGCGAGAGCUGUCUCGGGGGCGCCGGCACUCCACGAGGCGUUUACUCGCUCUGCGGGCUAUGGACCUGCACGGACAGGCCUCCGCGGACCGUCGGCGCUAUCUGGGACGACUUGCACAAGCUCCUCCUCGAGACGGGUGCGACUACCCUCAAGCCCACGCGUCAUCGCGGCGUCUUCUAGGUCCUCGAGCCCGAGGGCAUAAAGUAUACGCUCGACGUCCUCCUUGCCGAGUACGAUAUUGAUGUUGUCCUCUAUGCACCCGUUGUCUCCGCCAUCCGCUGUCGC